UUCGGGAGGGGGUCUUUUUCUUUUGUUUUAGUAUUACCGUCUCUGUGAUAAACCUGAACUAGAGAGAAAGAUAACUUGAAGAAAUCUCUCCGGUCUAAGCACGGGUUUUAAAAAUGUCAUCAAUUGCUUCCCCUUCUUCUCAAGUUCAUUAUCCAGAUUUCAAAAUAUACAGACGCUACAAAGACAAGUUUGAAGAUGAUUGGGAUGGCGACAUAUUUCUAGACAAAACUAAAGAUGGGAAAUUUCAUGAAGCAGCUCCUCCUUAUAUUAUUCUAGUUCAAGGACCUCCCAAUGUUGGGAAGUCAUUGCUGAUUAAAUCUCUAGUGAAGCAUUUUACUGGUAAGGAACAUAUGGGUGAUAUUCAAGGCCCAAUCACCAUCAUAACAGAAUACAAGACAAGGCUCCAGUUCGUGGAAUGCGCUGAUGAUAUUAAUGCCAUGAUCGAUGCCUCAAAAUAUGCUGAUUUAGUAUUAUUAAUGGUUGAUGCAAAUUAUGGGUUUGAAGCAGAAACAUUCGAGUUUCUUAACCUUUUACAAGCGCACGGCUUUUCAAAGAUUAUGGGUGUUUUUACACAUCUUGACGAACUCCAAGAUGAAACAGCACUGAAUAAAAUCAAACAGCUCCACAAUCAAUUCCAGACUGAAAUAUGUCAUCCAGCAACAGUAUCUUACCUAUUUGGUCUCGGUGAUCGUGAGUUAUACAAAGAGUACAAUGUACAACAACUGGCAGAAUGCAUAUCAAUGAUCUUCAUGACCCGAUUCAUUCCCUUGUCAUGGAAAGCGGCACAUCCUUAUGUGCUGGUAGAUUGUUUUGAAGAUGUUACUCCUCUAGAAAAAGUGCAGGAGGAUGCAAAUUGCAAUAGAAAUUUAAGUCUGUAUGGUUAUCUUCGAGGUUGUAAUAUCAAGAGCGGAGCUAAGGUGCAUAUUGCCGGUGUUGGUGAUUUUCGUUUAGCUGGUGUUAGAAGCACAACUGAUCCUUUCCCUUUAUUUCCUGGAAUGGAAAAGGACAAUGAUUUUGUUGAGCUAACCCACCUAAAGAAUAAGAGUUUCAGAACAGGGACCUAUCUAAGGUUGGAGGUUCAUGACGUUCCUUUCCAGAUGGUUGAAAGUUUUGAUCCUUGUCAUCCGAUUCUCGUUGGAGGUAUCAGUUCUGAAGAGGACGCUGUUGGUCUUAUGCAGGCGAGACUUAAGCGACAUAAAUGGCAUAUGAAACUGUUGGAGUCAGGAGAGCCAGUCACCGUGUCAGCUGGUUGGAGACGUUACCAGACAAAACCUAUUUAUGCCAGGGAAAUCAGCAAUGGACAGCAUAAAAUUCUUGAGUUCAAUCCCGAACAUGACCACUGUCUUGCGAUGCUUCGGGGCCCUGUUGCACCUCCUUCUACUAGAAUUGCUGUUGUGCAGAGUAAAAAGGAAGUGUUUCGGAUAGCAGCAAAGGCUGUCGUUCUUGACCCUAAGCAUGACUUGAAGAUAAUGAAGGAAAGCGAGAAGAAAGGAAAACCUCAUAGAGUCCUUAAGAGGAGAACUGCUCUUAUCAAGUUCAAUCCAAAAUAUAAUGAUGUUGCUAAAUUUAAAGGUGCACCUAUUCGGACUCGAAGCGGAAUUUGGGGGGAGGUUAAUAAGGUGAUAGAAAGAAAGGGAAAGGGGUUUGCUAGAUGCACAUUUGAGAAGGGAAUUCGUAAGUCUGAUGUUGUUAUCAUGCCUGUGUUGUGUCAAGCUGAGGUUCCUCCCUUUGACCCAUUAUUGGCCACACUGAAACCAUGCGACAGUACUACUCCUGUUAAGAAGGAUUCACUCAAAAAGGAAGACCCUGCUCAGAGGCAGCUUAGACUUGAACAACGGCGUGGUGUGGAGAUCACUGACGAGGAACCUUCUUCCUAUCCAUGUACAAGUCGUUUUAUGUUGACCGGUAACAUAAAGUAUAAUUAUAGGAGUCGAAACAAAUUGAAGGAAACUGUGGUGAUCAUGUCGGCGGAAAAACGUGCACAAUUGGUCGAAAAACAACUCAGAGAGGAGCAAGAGAAAGCGAAAGAGAAGUUUUUUGGUCGUCGAGAGUUAGUGAUGUAUGAUUAACUUUUCAAUGUCCUCAAACUAAAAAAAACAACGUGUAUAACAAAUCUUAACAAGCUCCUGCAGUUGAAUAUGAAAGGGAAUAUUGAUCUUACGAGGAUAUACAUAUCUUGCAUCCAGUUGGUCUGAUCUAUAAAUCAGUUUAUGUUAUUUUGCUAUUUUCCUAGAAAGUUUUACCAUUCAGCUUAAGAAGUUGCCCAGUUGAGGACAUGCAAGGCUCAUAAUCUGUACAUAUAUGAAAUAUGGUAUGUUAUUUAUUUUCUUUUGCAGCA